AUGUCUGGUAACACUACUACAAAGAACAAUAUUCCCCACAACCAAGUUUUCAACGUCUCCGUCGACGUAAAUCCACAAGGCAGCUCCAACUGCUUCGACGACGAUGGCCGUCUAAAGCGAACUGGGACUGUUUGGACUGCUAGCGCUCACAUAAUAACAGCUGUGAUAGGGUCUGGGGUUCUGUCCUUGGCCUGGGCCACAGCUCAGUUGGGAUGGGUUGCUGGUCCUGUUUUCAUGUUCUUGUUCUCCCUCGUGACUUACUACACUUCCACGCUCCUCUCUGCAUGUUAUCGUUCCGGGGACCCUGCCACUUGCAAGAGAAACUAUACCUACAUGGAUGCUGUGCGAUCAAACCUGGGUGGAGCGAAGGUUAAGAUAUGUGGACUAGUCCAGUACUUAAACCUUUUUGGAUCUGGCAUUGGCUACACAAUAGCAUCAUCCAUAAGCAUGAUGGCAAUCAAAAGGUCCAACUGUUUCCACAGCAGUCAAGGCAAAAAUCCAUGCCAAAUAAACAGCAACCCAUAUAUGAUUGCAUUUGGAGUCAUUGAAAUAGUUUUCUCCCAAAUUCCCGACUUUGAUCAGUUGUGGUGGCUCUCCAUCGUCGCAGCUGUGAUGUCCUUCACUUAUUCAACAAUUGGUAUUGGCCUCGGCAUCGCAAAAGUAGCAGAAACGGGAAAGCUCAGGGGAAGUCUGACUGGAAUAAGCAUUGGCUAUGUGACUCAAACGCAAAAGAUAUGGAGGAGGUUCCAAGCACUCGGAGACAUAGCUUUUGCAUACUCCUACUCCAUGAUCCUCAUCGAAAUCCAGGACACAGUGAAAUCCCCACCAUCAGAGGCCAAGACAAUGAAUAAGGCCACCCUAAUUAGCGUUGCUGUCACCACCCUUUUCUACAUGCUAUGUGGCUGCAUGGGUUAUGCUGCUUUUGGGGAUCUCUCUCCUGGAAACCUCCUCACUGGUUUCGGCUUCUAUAACCCAUAUUGGCUGCUGGACAUAGCAAAUGCUGCCCUAGUAAUCCACCUUGUUGGUACAUACCAAGUUUAUUGCCAACCCCUUUUCGCCUUCAUUGAGAAAAACGCACAAGAGAGAUUCCCGGACAGUGAAUUCAUCACCAAAGAAAUAAGAAUCCCAAUCCCCGGUUUUCAUUCCUACAGACUCAACCUCUUCCGGUUGAUUUGGAGGACAAUCUUUGUUAUCAUAACCACUGUGAUAUCAAUGCUGCUACCUUUCUUUAAUGAUGUUGUUGGACUUCUUGAGGCUUUGGGAUUUUGGCCUCUCACAGUUUACUUCCCUGUGGAGAUGUAUAUUGGGCAAAAGAAGAUACCAAAGUGGAGCACAAAAUGGCUUUGCCUACAAAUCCUGAGCCUCGCAUGCCUCAUCAUCACAAUAGCUGCUGCAGCUGGCUCAAUUGCAGGGGUUGUUCUUGAUCUCAAGUCUUAUAAGCCCUUCUCGACCACCUACUAAGGUUGAAAUUUAAUGCUGUCACCAUUUCUGAACAAUUGAUCUAAAGCAAGGAAAGAAUUGAUCUUUGGGAUUUCAGUUCUUGUUCAUGGUCUUAACAAGCUGAAAUGGGUGUUGUUAAC